AGCGCCCCCUUGUCUCUGGUUGGUUGUCUGCCAUCAGAGGGAAUCAGUUUGCUAGCGGAACAACAGCAGCAGCAGCAGUGGAUUGUACAGAUUCGGCUUUACUGACUUUACCGAGAUUUCUGUAUUGCAAUUCCGCGUUUAUAUGGAAAAUAAGGAGAUUUGGUUUCUCAUGGAAUGACAACCUCACAGAGAUACUUUGACUCCAAACCAGCUGCUCAGUUCGCUGACAUGGAGUGGCAGACACCAGCUGUGUCGGAGAAGUUCCAAAGCCGUUUUGGCCGUCGUCCGGGAACAUCUGACAGCGGGGACACCGGUCUUGGCACUUCAGCUUCUGACAGCACAGAAGAUUUCUGCAGUUCCAGCAGCAGCCCCUCUUUCCAACCCAUCCGCAGUCAGAUCCCCAUUCCCACUGCACAUGUCAUGCCAUCGACGGCGAGCGGCUCCAAGCACCAGUCGUUUGGUCAGGAGGACGCUCUGUCCUCUGCUGAGGGUCACAGAUCUUCGUCAGGCUCAAGAACGCCGAGUGGCUCCAUAUCGAAGUCUUCAUCUCUCUGCAAGUCUGCAUCUUCUCCCAACUUGGACGCUCAGGACGGAAUGGGAGUUGAUGCUGUGAGGGCCAAGCCGGACUGCCUGAGCCGCUAUCGUAGCCUCGUCAACGGGCUGGACCACUCGCUCUUCCCCUCAGACCACACACGGGUGGAUGAAGGACAGAGGUUUGACACUCCUGCUGUGGAACCUACACUAAACCAGUCAGCCCUGCUGGGGGGGCUCUGUCCUGAUGUAAGGCUCCGGUUACAGACGACGGGGAUUAGAGAGGCCGUGGACUGUGUGUCCGAUGGCUACAGAGGAGGUUUGGAGCACAGCUACAAGGUUCUUCCUGAAGCGAGGCCUGGUCUUCCUGGAGCGUCGGAUCCAUGUAGCCAGAGGGGCGGCCAGCUCGGUGGCGCAGGAGUUUAUUCAAACCCUCUCGGUCUGCAGACUCAAGCUUUGCUGAGGGAGCACACAAGCCCCAAAGGGUUUGAUCCUCUGCGGCAGGACAGAUGCAGUGAACUUUCCAACUGGCAGCAGAAACAGCAGCUGGACAGUCUGCGGCUGCAGCUGGAACAAAUGCAGUUGAUGAAUGCAGGAGUGGGUCAGUACCCAUCUUUGUAUUCCACGCCGAUGCAGUCGGAGUCGGGAAAGUGGGACGCUCUGGUCAAAGCCAGCGAGAGUCUGCUGAAAGAGAAGGAGCUUAUUAUCGAGCGACAAAAGCAGCACAUGACCCAGCUAGAACAACGUUUGAGGGAAAGUGAGCUGCAGGUCCACGGCGCCCUUCUGGGCCGAGGGACGUCUUUCGGGGACAUUUGCAUGCUGCGUCUCCAGGAGGCUCAGAGGGAGAAUGCAUUCCUGAGGGCUCAGUUCAGUGAGCGCACCGACUGUGUUGCCCUGGAGAAAGCAGAGGCAGAACGCAGGCUGGGGGCGGUCGAGGCGGAGACGCGGCGCCUGACGGAGAGUUUGAAGGAGGCCUGCGAGAGGCACGCAGAGGAAAUGAAGAAACAGGAAGAGAGGAUACGUAGUCGAGACAAACACAUCAACAACCUGAAGAAGAAGUGUCAGAAGGAAGCAGAGCUGAAGAGGGAGAACCAGCAGCGCAUCGAGACUCUGGAGCGCUACCUGGCUGACCUGCCCACCUUAGAGGACUACCAGAGUCAGAAUAAGCAGCUCUUGGAGGCCGAGGAGCAGGCGGCGCAGCUGCAAGGGAAAGUCACAGAACUGGAAACCAGCCUGAAGACCGCGACCUCCCAACUGCGAGGGAAAGACACGCAGCUGGAGGAACAGAAACGGAGGGAGAGGGACCUGCUGACAACCAUCACAGACAUGCAGCAGCGGGUGCAGCAGGGCCUCGAGGAUGGAGCCCGGCUGCCCAGUCUGGACGUGGAAAAGCUGAGAGGGGAGAACAACGCUUUGAGAGAGGAGCAGCAGAAACUCCGAAAGGUCAUUGAGAAGCAACUUAAAAUGAUGGAGCAACUCAACUCUCAGAUUAAGGCUCUGGAGGAGCAGCUAUCUCAGGAAGAAGGCAGCUCCCAGGCUCUCAGAGAAGAGAUGCUGGCCAAAGAGCAGAGCGUGUUGGAGCUGCACGCCGCCAUGAAAGAGCUGUCUGCCCAGAAUCAGGAGCUGAUGGAGAGGAAUCUGACGCUCCAGGAGCAGAUGAGCGACCCGGAGCAGAGGAGCUCCAACCAGGCGUCUUCCGUCCUUCAGCCAGCAGGAGCUCACCUCACCCAAAGGCUGCUCUCAGAGAUCGCCUCCUGCCUCAGCGACCUGCGCUCCCUGUGCAGCAUCCUGACCCAGCGGGCUCAGGGACAGGACCCUAACCUCUCACUGCUGCUGGGCCUGACCUCUCCUCCAGCGGUGACGGAGCAGAACGAGGACUGGAUGGAUCCAGACGUGCUGCAGAAGAAGCUGGCGGAGGCCCAGCAGCUCCGGCGGGACGUGGAGGAGCUACGCAACGUGAUCCUGGACCGCUACGCGCAGGACAUGGGCGAAAACUGCAUAACUCAAUAAAACUGGAACCCUGCAGAAGCCCUCCUUCAUCGCCGCCGCAUCACACCAGCAAGACUUUUCUAAUUCUCCACGAGGAACAGAUUUAGGUUCUGAAAGCGAGGAUGGAUGGGCCAGCUUCUGCUUCUCUCAGCUGACUGAAUAACGCCUGCUUGUAGCUAAACUGUCUGACCACUUUGGUGAGUUUCAGUUUAAGGGCUAACAAAGUGAAAAUAACUUACCUCUACUACUUGAUCCUUUAAAGCGUUUAGUGUUUUUAAUCUCGCUGACACCGUGCUGUAAGUUACCAAACAGUCUUACUCUUCCUGCUCAGAUCUCUGCAAAUGUAACUUGUUGAAAUCUUCCCUCUUUUGGGGAAGGAUCCUUAGUGGUUGACAAUCAACCGAGUAUAUUUUAACCCGUGCUUUUAACUGAUGCGCUGUUAUUUAAACGGAGAGGUUUAUUAACCAAAACAGCUACUCGCACCAACAAGCCUACGAGAACAUUGAUACCAAAGAAGUUAUGCAACCGACUGAACACCAGCAGCGUGCCUUCCACCUGUUCUGGAUCUACGAGGCUUUGUGUUUGU